GGGGUCAGCUGCAAAGAAACAGGAAAAGAAACCAGCAGCUGCUGCUAUAUAUGGGUCAUUAGCACUUCAUUAGAAGUCAGAGGAUGAGAUUGUCUGGAGUGUGCUGCAGCCUGCACUGAGCCUUUCAAAACAGCUGGGAGUUACACAGCACCCAUGAGCACGGCCAUGGAGAAAUCUUUGGAAAGCAGGCUUCAGCAGCUAAAAUGCCAUUUCACCUGGAACUUGAUAGCGGGAGAUGAGUCCUUGGAUGAGUUUGAGGACAAGGUAUUUAACAAGGAUGAGUUUCAGAACAGUGAGUGUAAAGCCACAAUGUGCAACAUAUUGGCCUAUGUAAUGCACCGCAGAGGUCAAAAUAAGGCAGCGCUGGAAUGCUUAGAAAAAGCUGAACACUUCAUCCAGCAACAGCAUCCCGACCAAGCAGAAAUCAGAAGUGUAGUCACCUGGGGAAACUACGCUUGGGUUUACUAUCACAUGGACCAACUAGAAAAAGCGCAGGCUUACCUUGACAAGGUGAGACAGGUCUGUGAGAAGUUUUCCAGUCCCUACAGGAUUGAGAGUCCUGAGCUCGACUGUGAGGAAGGGUGGGCCCGGUUAAAGUGUACCCAAAACCAAAAUGAGAGAGUGAAGGUGUGUUUUGAGAAGGCUCUGGAAAAGGACCCGAAGAACCCAGAAUUCACCUCUGGCUGGGCCAUCUCGAACUACCGUCUGGACAACUGGCCAGCACGGCAGAAUGCUGUUGACUCUCUGAAGCAAGCCAUUAGACUGUCUCCCAACAGUCCUUAUGUUAAAGUUCUCUUGGCACUGAAGCUUGAGAUGAUGCAUGAAAACCAAGGAAAGGCACUAGUUGAAGAAGCCUUAAGGGAAGCCCCGGGUGCGACAGAUGUACUCCGUAGUGCGGCCAAGUUUUAUUAUAAGACACAUGAUGAAGACAGAGCUAUACAGUUGCUUAGAAAGGCUUUAGAAUUCCUACCAAAUAAUGCCUACAUGCAUUACUAUAUUGGGUGCUUCUAUAGGUCAAAAGUCCUUCAAAUAGGUUCCACAAGAGAAACUGCAUGGGAUGGAAAUCGAGAGAAGUUACUGGAACUAGCAAUUAAACACUUAAGGAAAGCAGAGGAGACCAAGGAGAUGCUAGAACAUUCCUGUAGCUACCUUGCUGGUCUUUAUGCCAUGGCAAAGCAGUAUGAAGAAGCCGAUUAUUACUUCCAGAAAGAAUUCAAGAAGGAACUCACUCCUGGCCUUAAGCAGUUGCUCCACCUACAGUAUGGCAAUUUUCAGUUUUUUCAAAUGAAGUGUGAAGACAAAGCCAUCCACCAUUAUAUGGAGGGUGUGAAAAUAGCGCAGAAGACGAAGCCUAAAGAAAAGAUGGCAAGCAAACUUCAAAGAAUUGCUGAAAGGAGACAUUCUGAAAACAAAUCGGAUCCCAUGGCCUUGCACAUCAUGGCGUUUCUUCAGGAGUUCAAUAAAGAAAGCCAGCGAGCUGCUAAAGAUUCUGAGAGGGGACUGGACUCUGAGAGGCCUGUUCUUUCAGCAUCUUUGCAUGAGGAAGGAAAUGAAGAGUAGUGACCUGGUUCCCACAAGGCUACUGCUGGAAGGCAACUGAAAACCCUUACCAAGUGGCCAUUCAGAACAUUUAACAACUUCACGGAAUAAUCACGUACUAACAGACUGACUAUAGUAUUUAUCAGUGUUGAUGGGAACCCUGCAAUCAGAUGUUAGCACCUGAAUUACUAGCUCCAACUGAGAAAGGGGCCAGUUGGAGGUACAGAUACAGAGCAGCCUAGAUAUCUUACUAUUUCUUAGAAAUAGUUUUCAUGGUAGCAAUUUUUCAGUCACCCUCUGUGGAUUUGUCUUGGAUUUGUUCCUGUAUUUAUGCAAAGCAGCCAAAUUCCUCACAUGGGUGAGUUUUCCAUCCUUGAGUUAUUGUAUAUGUGACACAGCCUUGUUCUACAUAAUAACAGUGUCCAUCAAAAAAGCUGAGGAGACAGGGGCAGUGACUAUAAUUCCAGCACUUAGAAGCUGAGAAGGAGGAUUACAGCAAGUUGGAGGUCAGCCUGAGCAUGACCUGGAAAGGGGAUGGAGGGUGCUGAGGAUUAGGCAUGUAAAUAUUUAAUGAUUAUGUACAUUAUCUUGUUAGUUUGGAUAUGUAUAUGCUUAUGUAACUACUAUUAUCACAUAUUUGUAAAACCCAGAAGGUAGUGAUUUUGUUUUACUGUAUAAUUUUGAAAUUAAGAAAAUAGUGUUCAAUAUUAAUUGAGCUCAAAAUAGAAACUCAGUGGUGAGUUCCAGGUCUAAAAACAAACAAACAACAACAAAGGCUAAGGGACCAAAUCAAUCCUCCCUCCAAUUGACCAGUCAGUCCUCAGUCUACGGUGUCCCAUAAACAUGAGUUCAUUUGUUCCAUUAACUCAGACGGCAACAUAAUGGGGGAAAAACUGAGACCAGAGAAAGUUAGAAGGGCCAGCAGUAUCUAUACAAAGCAGUAGAGUCAGGCCACAAUGUCAGACCUCCAGGAGGCACACGGGGAGACUUUUCACACACCCUACUCUCUCUGUGAGUAUGGUGCUGCAUGCCAAUAAGGGGCAUUCUGUCUUCCAUAGUGACAAUUGAAAUGUUUAUUCCAAACUUGUGUGGAAACUCUGGCGGAGACAAAGAGAAUGCUGAUUUAUCCUUGACAAUUAUAAAUGCAUGAGGACAAAGUUUAUAGUCACUAUUAGGAAAAUUUCUCUGUCAAAUGAAUAUGUCCUUUAUUCAAAAAGCUAUGAUGAACCCAUAUUACAGAUGCUAGGUAGGGCCACUGAAUGGGAGAAUAACUUGAUGACUGAGGGCCUGGUGGAAGGACUUAGAAAAUGGCAUGGAUAUUGGAGGGUGAAAUUUUUCCUCCAUUAGAAAUGUUGCACACUAAGGGAUAUAAAGACUUCUUUGAAUUCUGAAAAAAUACUCAGGAACAUCACAAAAUUGACAACUGGCAUUUCCUAGGUAAUUCUUGAAUGGCCUAAACAUUAGGGUUGGUGUGAAGCAGCAUAGAGUCAAUGGGCCCAGCAUGAGGCUCUCAGUUACCCUCUGGGGUAGAAAAUGUUUCUCUAUUAGGAUUAGUUUGCCUUAUGUAUAUAGAAAUAUUUUAUUUAGCAAUUAAAAUAUAUUAGAUUCAUAGAUUGGUAAAACCGAACAUUCUAAUACCUGGAACAAUGUUCCAUGUUAUUUUAAAUAUUAAAAAGUUUUGAAUGGAUUUAAGUCCAUCAGUAUUUAGCAUUUGAAUUUCUGGAAAAAUAAUAAACUUUGUUCAUGAAUAACGCGUGGUAGAACAUUAAGCAUGUUCUGGUUCAAUAAAAAUUUUACUGUACUCUGUUUUAGACUCAAGUACUGAUAAUAAAGAGCAGCUUAAAAUUUU